GAGAUGGACGUAAACACGGGCUGCCGUCGGUGGGUUUAAAUCACAUGUAAGGAUAUACAGUUCAAAAUAGAUUCUCCCCUCUCCUUGUUGAUGCGCACAACAACAAUUGAAGAAAAGGGAAGAAAAGCUGGAAAAAAGAGAAAGUGCGGGGAGGCUUCAGUUCGGAGUUACUCAAGCAAAGCAUGCACUGAAGUGAUCCCCGUCCAUCCCAGACCCACGCGGACACGGACUGCAUAUUAUAGUCUACAGCAGACAGAAAUCCGGUCCAGUGCAGCCCCCUAGGAGAGAAAGCAGGCACACACGCACGCACAUACAGAUCGCGGGGGUGAGGAGGGGGGAGAGAAGAAGAGAGAGUGUGUGUGUGUGUUUCUGAGAAAGAAUCUGAGCCACUUCCACCUGCCUGCGCUGGAGAACGAUAAUAACAACUAGCUCUGCUCUGGAUGGAUUUACCGUCCCUCCCUCCAAGCACCGCGGAAUUUCAUUCACAAGACAGACAGAGACUUUCCAACAGAGGACAGCAGGAGUGAGGCCCCCCUCCUCUCCUCGCACCGCUCCGACAACGUUCCUACCUGCACAGCCUCCCAGCAGGACUUGACUUGGCGCCCAUCGGACACCGCCGACACCCAGGACCAGCGUGGGAAAAAAAAACCUUUAUGGGCCCCAAACCUCGCGAGGCCCCCGGGAUGGCGUGCAGCGCGUGCUACUACCUGGUUAUCAGCUCCACACACCUGAGUAAUGGACACUUCAGGCGCGUCAAGGGAGUCUUCAGAGGACCUCUGUGUCCAUCCGCAAACAGUGACUCACCGGAAUGCACAGAGAGGGCUUUGGGUUGCUCGGUGGAGGAUCUGAAGGCUCUUUUCUACUGUGAGCUGUGUGACAAGCAGUACCUCAGACACCAGGAGUUUGACAACCACAUCAACUCCUACGACCAUGCACACAAACAGAGGCUGAAGGAGCUCAAGCACAGAGAGUUUGCUCGUAACGUAGCCUCAAAAUCAUGGAAGGACCAGCGCAAGCAGGAGAAGGCUCUUCGGCGUCUGCACCAGCUCGCACAGCUGCAACAGGAAACUCAGCGAGUCCAAAGAAGGACCUAUGGCCUAAGACGCACAGUCAGAGCUGUGAGUCAGAAGCGUGAUAAAGAUGUGACACAAAGAGACCGCAGCCCUAAGGACAAACCUGAACUCUUGUGCCAGCCCCAGCGAUCCACUUCUACACAGCCCAGGACAACUACUAUCAGCUACCCGUCAGAAAAUCUCUGCAAUUCUGUUUCCCAAGUACCACCGGCCACUGCUCUAGCAGAAUCCCCACUAGUGACUGAGACAGCCGAUACAAACACUCCUGCAGUGAGCCCCCAGUCUUGCCACAGCCUGUAUCCCCAGCUGCCUCUCUCUUCACAGGGGAGAGUGGGAGGCAGACUUGGAGUAUCCUUCUGUUUCUCACGCAGGGGGCCUAGGCUGGAGCCUUCUGCCUCCGUUUUUUCAGACCUGGAGGAGGAGGAGAGAGAGAAGAGGGAACAAAUGAAAGAAAGGAUAAGGGGAAUAAUUGAAGAUAUUGACAGGGAAAUUGGGGUAGCAGAUGAGAGGAAGCACAGCGUGAGUGAAAAGGAUAAGUCCGGCCCUGACAGUGUCUUACCAAGUGACAUGCACCCGUUCCCAAGAGAGGCCAUAAGGGAGGAGGAACAGAUUGAAAAAAGAGACUUAGUAAAAGAACACUUUCCUAUUUCUACAUCAGCACCUGAUAAUCAGAGUCAUGAUUCGCUGUUCUCAGUGUCACAAUCUCAGGUGACCGUAUGGGGCAUAGGAUCAGCAGUAGCACACAUGGAUACCAAACACACAGAAAGCAAGUCAGAGGAAAAGCAAGAACCGGAGAGCGAGCGGGAGGCGAGUCAGGAUGUGUGUGUGCUUGGGAAGGAUGGCUCUACCCGUCUGAGAUGGCCUGUCAGUUUGCUUAAGUUCACCAAGUCUCAACCACACAUCUCCUACAGCUGCAACCCGCUCUGCUUGAACCUUCAACGGCCAGAAAAAGUCGCAGAGGAUCUGAAGGACUCACAACAAAAUCAGUUGUGUUCCCUUUCAGAUGAAUCAAAACUACGCGUACCAGCUAUUCUUAAACCAGACACUCAAUCGUGUUUACAAAGACAGAUAAGACAAGAGUUGAGAGCACACAGGGAGAAAAAAGCUGCGGAAAUUUUCAAAGCAGAGCAACAUAUCGAUGUGGAGACAGAAGCACACCUGUUCCUAAAGAACAAAAACCUUUUAUCAUCAGAAACAAGACCAGAAAAAGAACGAUGCAUGCUAAGUAUGGAGAACUGCAUGCGGGCAGCUCCCCAUCCAUUUGACCCCACUCAUAGUGACAGCUCUGACACAAACUUCCAGAAUCCUCUGGGAGGCAGAUUAGAGGGUGCGAGAGGGAUCAGGGAGAAAGCCAUCACAGCCCUGAGCUGUAAAUUAGAGUCUGUCACCCAGCCUGGCACACAGGAGAUGUGCAUCAGCCCAUCCAGGUGUGAGUGUGGGAGUGAGACAAUGUGCAAGUGUGCCAGUGCUCCACAGCCGUAUGUGGGUGUCUCUGAAGUAUCACGCAAAAAGAGGAAAGCCAGCACAAAGAAACACAAGCUGGGAAAGAGAAAGAUGCCUGAGAAGGAAAAAACUUCAGACAAGCGCCAAUCAGCAAGGUGCAAAGUGAGGAGUGUUAUCUCUACAGUCUCCACUGGAAGAGAGAGGAAAGGAGAAACUGGAGGGAGAUGGGGAAAGAAAAGGAGGCAAAGAGAGACGAGGAUGAGGAAGGUGGGGGGAGCAGGGAGCAGCUGUCUCCUGGGGAGAUGUGAGGCUGAGCCAGUAUCUGUCUCUGUCAGGAAGAGGAGGCCUCAUAGGAGCCACAGCACUGAAUGCCAGUCACAGCCAGACAGAGAGCAGGCAGAACACUCCAGCGUCUACUCCCAUCUCAGCAGACACACAGCAGACCGAGACACCGAGAAGGAGGGAAAACGAGACGGAGACGCGGCGACUUUUCCCUGGCGGUCUCACUUCUCCUUACACUCCUUCUCACCAGGAUGUAACUCAAAGCUGUUUUGGGAAAGGGGUCACCAUAGCAACCCCAGGAGUUUCAUUGACUGCUGUUACCCUGACAACAGCUGCUGUAACAGCUCGAUGAAAAAGCGAAAACUCCUCCACGGGGACAGGAAAUUCAUUCAUAAUAAGAGGAAGAGUUUGAGGCAUCGUGAAUUCUGGGAGGAGAGGGGUCGGGAAGCACAAGGGCAUUCAGGUGGCCGAGACAGAGGCCUGACUUCAGGUACAGAAGAGUGGGAGUGGAUGAGAGGGGCCUGUCCUGGAGGUAGUGAGGAGGUGAGGUCAAGGACUGGGUGGAGCUCGAGGAGCAGAGCAGUGGAGUGGGAUAAGCCUGCUAGGUUUAGCCCCAGUCCUAAGAGCUGGGGCAAAAGGCGCAGACAUCUAAGCACUGAAGAUGUAGACUGGGAUAGAUGGACAUGGGGCAGCAGUGACAGCUGGGAAGACAGGGGGACACACAGGUCCACAUCAGGCUCCAGGACAGGAGCUGACAGCAGAGACAGCCCAGGCGGUGCGAGGAUAUGUGCAGGCACCAGACGCUCAAGUUCAACACACUUCUCGAGCCCUGAGUGGUGGACAAGCAGACAGACGUACAGCUGCCAGAGUGUGAUCAACACACAGGACAGCAGAUGCCACAGCCCACGCUCUUGCAGCCCUUGUAGCAGCACCAACACGUCUGAGCUGAGCUGGGAGUGGAGCAGGAGUAGCACCUGCUCAGGAGUCACUAUGGAUGGGUUGACAGCUAGCUCCUGCAAGACGUCCUCGGGGGCUGCAGAGGCCAGUCAGCAGGCAAAAAAGCAGAGCAGCCUCACGUCCAUUUCAUCUGCCCUCUCCUCGAGCCCGUUCACACAUUCAUCUCCCAACAGAUCCACUUUUGCGGCGACAGUUCCAAGUGUCAACACACAUAAUUGUGACCGAAGUCUUUCACAGCUAAAGGAUUCACAGUCUAGCCAAGGGCCCUCUGCCUCUGUCAACACAAGGGGCCCAGACACAACCCUUUCAGCUUUAUCCCCCAGUAAGUCACUGCUACAAAAACCAUCUAGGUUGCUUCUGCCCCUUAUAGGAAAACUACCUGCAAUUCAGCGAAAGGCUCAGAAGAAAAAGGGGCUGCUUGAGAAGAGUCAGGAGAAGGAGAGAGAAGAGGAAGAGGAAGCUAAGAGUUGUGGCACAGAUCCUGGAGCAACCACUGACAGUCAGAAAUGUUCUCCAGUUGGGUCAAAUCCCAGCAGCAUGCCAAAUGUCUGCCCAUCACAGAUUAGAACUGACGAUGAACAGACAGGUGGAGAGACAGCUCCGCCGAUCAGCUUUACCGCUGAGGAGAUGGACAAAUAUCGUCUCCUGCAAGAGCAGGCAAGAGAGCACAUGCAGAAAGUCCUGGAAAACAUACAAGAAAACGCAGACAAAAACACACAGGCAAACUACACACACAACCUGCAGACGGAGAACUGUGGGACUUCAGAGGAGCAAUACACACCUCCGCAGCCUCAAGCCCAGUUAAUUCAUACAGACACGAUGCAUAAGCAAGUACACCACACCCUCCAGGUCAGUCUCCCACUUCCACACGUCACCCCGCAAGAGAACUUUAGCCAGCCCAUAGCUCUGGGUGUCCCAAACCUCACCCCACUCGCACCAUCUUCCCCUCUCUCGAAUCUCCAUCACAUCAUUUUACAGCACACAGGCCUAUCCAUGCCCCCUCACUCUUCCUCGACUUCCAGCUCACCCCCCUCUCCUGCCAUCCACCCACAGCCAGUUCCACUUCCCCACCCCUCACCCCUCGCCACCCUUCCCUCCCUCAUCAUCUUCACUUCGCCCCUUUCUCCAUCUCCUCCCUGUUUCCCUCCAUCCUGCUAUCACAUCCUCCCACCCUUCUCCUUCCCCAGUCGCCCACUUUCCACGCAACCCCAAUCUCUCCACUCUCUCCAGUAGCUCUGCAACCCUUGAAUCCACAGCCUAUCAUGGACAGAUCGUGGCCAGUGAAGUUUCAACAGAAGGCGUUAUGAUUUUGAGAGUGGGUGCCAUGUUUAUUAAUCUUUCUUGGCAGCACUGGCCUGUGGGAGAGAGAAAGGAGGAAUGUUUGGUUUGAAGAAAGGCCUGCUAUUUGAAAUUGGGAUGUGUCAGUGCUUUUAGUAGUAUCAACUCCAACUCUUAUUGCACAUAUGCCUUCAGACACAGAUACACACCAAGACACACACGCUCGUUCGCAUGCAUACACACAAGCAGCCAAACUAUUGACUGUUUUCAAAUGAGAAUUUGUUUCUCCAUUUAGCCUCUGCUGUGUUAAAACAGACAGUGAAAGAACAGACUUUGAUCCUUUGCUUUUUCCAUCAUUCCUCAUUCACAAGCAGAAUAAAGAGAAAGGUGCACCUGCUAUUCAAAGACAAGCUAAGCUUGUGUCAUCUUCUCUCUUUCCUUCUGAACCACAGACAGACCAGCUGCCUUUUGAAGUAUCCUUCAUGCCAGGGACAGAGACAGUGAUAAUACUCUCCCCUUAUCUCCAUUUCAUACAGGUUAUCUGAGUUAGAGAGUGACUUUCACCUAACAUAAAUAACGCUCCAGUGGCCGGUGAAUAUGGCAAAGACAUUUUAACCUUGUUGUGGACUGUAUGUGCGGGUGUAAGGUAAUUCUGAUGGCACACACUCAUUCACAGCAGGAAGAACAACAUCUAAUUCCCAUAUCUGACACGUGUAAAGACCUGCUUUGUCUCUAUAGUGUAAAUAUUCUGACAGUAUAUGAUAAUAUUAGAAUGAUGAGAAACACCAAAAUAAAAUGUGAAUUUAACCUUGACCAGUAGUACAAUGCUUACCCCACACUCCAUGGCUUCAGUGAUAGACCUUUUACACAACCUUCCAUGUGUGACAUUAAAAACAGUUUUUUUCCUCCAUGAAGCAUUUAACAAAUCAGUUUGUAAGACAGAAAUGAAUGAAUCUGAUAAGUUACAAUAAAGCGUGAGUGAAAAUAAA